AGUUCGUGUUCCUUCCUCUAUAGCUUUACUGAAAGCGCGGUAAUACUAUUCAAAUGCAGAUUGUGCAUAACUGCAAAUUUUAUAACCUUGAGUAGGGCGAGACAAAAAUGGGGCAAUCCUAAGGUCGGGCCUCGAUCAGUCACUGGUUGAUUUUUCUCUAACUAACUUUGCUGUUAGGAAUACCGGGUGAAAAAAAACAACCUUUGCCUCCCUGAAGUUGGUGUGAAACUAGGGUUAACGAGCAAUAGAUAGGCCUACGCUCAUAGCUCCGAACUGACAGAUACGUGUAGAUUCAACCCAACCGCUGGAGACAAUCUUUAAGUUUCUCACACCACAAGUAGGUGCAAUACGGUAAGGCGAUUUCUGAUCAUCCAACUGGGCUGGAUGAACUUGGAUUCCAAAAAGAGCAGAAAUCGGACCGACCAGAAAUCAAUCACGCAGACACGGGACAUCAUUGGAUUGCAGUAAGGAGACGCAGAAUUAUCCAGAUGGGUGCCCAUUUCAAGUGGAUUACUUUUGUCGUAAUGGCCGGUUGGUUGAGCGGUAGUCAAGCUGAUUUUUGUAACUCAUCAUCAAUUUCGAGUUACGACUGCGUCACAAAUGGGGAUGAGUCAGCGGCUACCUUUGAUUCAUGCAACCGAUCCAACACAUGCAUCAACCCAGGCAGGCCUACCGUGGCAACCGGGGAAUGCAACGGCGUAACAACACAGAUAUGCUCAACGGUCCGAAUACCAUAUGACCCACCGCUGAAAGACUCCUGUUCAAGUUCUCCCUGCGCAGAAGGCGGAAAGUGCAUAUCUCAACGAGAGGGCGUCCUGUGCUGUUACUGUAAUCCAGCAACGCCUCCGGCUUCCGACCCGGCUUGUUACGACCCUGCGAUAGUAAGUGUUUCGUCAAGAACACCCUGCGCUGCAAAGGACGGUGCACCACCAACGAUCGAUAGUUGCAACGAUGUGCGGACGAGCAAAACUGUAGUAAGCGAAAUCAUAUCUGACCUUGACGUCAAAGCUACCGAUAACGUUAACAACUCCCUGCCCAUACAUUGCGUUGAGACCAGCGGUGCAUUAAAUCUUACAAGCAACGACGCCACUUUCAACUGCACAGCAACUGAUACGGCUGGAGGAGAGGCUACCUGUACUUUCAACGUUGUUUUGGAAUUACAAACAGAAUUGCCAAAUAUGAGUACAUCAGAAUUGCCAAAUAUGAGUACAUCUCUACCUCCUAUGACCGGUGGGACUUGUUCCACGAGUUCAUCUGUCUACUACACGAGUCUGCUGCUGGGGGCGACUUGGCUAGUCGGGUUCCUGGCGGUUGAGUAGGUUACGCACCUACGUGUUCCAUUGG